CAAAACUGUCAAAUCAUAUUCAUCGGCGUUUUUGCUUGUCAUCCAACAAUAUCUGAGAAGUUUAUUUAGUUUACUAUUCCAAAAUAAACUAAAACCAUGGCUUUGGUCGACUUAUGCCGCCUUGACGAGAAAAUAAAUCUUAGGCCUACAUAUGGCUUAGCUUCUUUACAGAGCGAUGUGAUCGGAUUCAGCCAAAACUUUAUCAACAGCGCUCAACUUGCGGUUCCUCCGUUUGCAAACCCCGCAGAAACUUUAGCCAAAUUCAAUACACACGACGAGACAGGCAAAGAAAUCAAAAUUGAGUUCGACCAUGGAACAACCACUCUUGGCUUCCGCUACCAGGGUGGAGUCCUGUUGGCUGUAGACUCCCGAGCCACUGGUGGUCAGUUCAUAGGCUCACAAUCAAUGAAGAAAAUUGUUGAAAUCAAUGACUACUUGCUUGGAACACUGGCGGGCGGCGCAGCAGACUGCGUGUACUGGGACCGCGUCCUAGCUAAGCAGUGCCGGCUGUACGAGCUCCGCAACAGGGAACGCAUCUCCGUGGCCGCCGCCAGCAAGCUGAUGGCCAACAUGGUGUACAACUACAAGGGCAUGGGCCUCAGUAUGGGCAUGAUGCUUGCUGGAUUCGACAAGAGAGGUUGCCAGUUGUACUACGUAGACAGUGAGGGCACCAGGACUCCAGGCAAAGUGUUCUCAGUUGGCUCCGGUUCUGUUUAUGCUUUUGGUGUGCUAGACUCUGGUUACAAAUGGGAUCUCACUGAUUUAGAGGCACAAGAGUUGGGUCGCCGCGCCAUCUACCACGCGACGCACCGCGACGCGUAUUCCGGCGGCAUCGUCCGCGUGUACCACAUCAGCGAGCGCGGCUGGCUCAACAUCUCCAACCAGGACUGCUCCGACCUCCACUACCAGUACCAGGCCGAGAAGGGCGUGCAGGAUGAAUAGGGAUAACUCUUAUGUAUUAAACAUUAUUUCUUAUUA